UUUUUGUUCAAACCUCAGCUUUGCUUCUGCGAACUGAAGCUGGCGCACUUCCUGUGCUGUCGAGAGCAGGUAGCAGUUUGGCAGCGUCAUGCUGCGAGUGAACAACACGCACGAGGACACCCACCCAGAAUCGGAUGUAACGGGCCAGCGGACGGGGGACCCUCGAGCUGGGAACUACUGAACCGCCAGCCUCUGCCUGGUCAGCUUUACGAAGUAACUCUGCAGUCUUGAGAUGGCCAGUCUUUGGUUUACUCUGUCAAUCCUCUUUGCAUUUGUGUCCCCUGCUGCACAUCAGGACCCCAGGAAUACAACUAUGGUGGAAGCAGCCACAAGCACUUCACUGGGCCAUAGCGCUGAAACAACAAGCAAAUCAGACACAACUACAAGCUCAACUCCCAUCUCGACCUUGCUGCAAGAACCCAAAGAAAGCACAGAAGUGAGAAGCAAUCCGGCCAUUGACACCACAAAUGAGAAGGAAUCUGCUCCGCCAGCUACAUCUGAAAGCGCAGCCCCAUCAACUACCAAACAGCACAUUUCUCGUCUGCCGACUCCAUUAGAUAAUGUAGAAGCCACAGACGAUUCAGCCCCCACUGGUCCACACAAAUUUCAGGAAGGAACGACUAAAGAUACCAACAUCCAAUUUGGUUCUUCAUCUUCUAGCACGACUGGGGUUCAUGAGACUCCUACCACCUCAACUGCGCGUGGUACGUCUGCAGUGCCUGUGACAAACUCGUCUAAGGAGAUCAACGUGCAGAGGCAUACACAAGGAACAUCAAGAACAUCUGGACCCACCAUGGCUACAAAAACAGAUGUCAACAGCUCAGCAACCAGUGCAGGGGAGGCACAGUGCACAAUCGAGUCGACCAAGAGGGGAAAACUGGUGAGUCACUGUCUGAUCGCCAUUGCUGUGCUCUCUGGGAUUGCAACUGCAUUUAUAAUAAGUACGAUUGUUCUGUGCACCAAGCUCUCCAGCAAUAAACAAACGUACAAAGUGAAGGAUUCUCUGGGGACUGAGAUGGUUUGUAUAUCAUCCCUCCUACCUGACACCGAACUAAUGCCCAGGAAAAUCAAGCUACCAAAAAGUAACGCUCUUCUUAUCGCCUCCCUUGAGGAAAACGAAGGCGAUGAUCUGACGCUUAAUAGUUUUGUACCCGACCACUAAAGGAGGCUCGGCCUUCACUCCGUCAACCGAAAAAUCCACAGAUACUUUUUUUUUUCUUCUUUCCCUGCCAUGUUUGCAUUUCUCUAUGCUUGGCAUCACCUUUUUAAAUUAGAUGGAAGCCUCUGAUCACAAAGAAAUCUAAGCAAGUGGAAGAACAAAGACGGUUAAAGCUUUACUCUAAAAAGAGGAUUUCUUCCUUUAAAUCUGUCAAUCCCAGCCACCCCAGAGCAGGCGCAGAGCCACAGCAAGGACUACAAACGUAAAGGGCCGGGAGGCUGCUGCCAGCUCUUUGAAAGUGUCGAUGACCCGAGUAGCGCAGAGGAGUCACAGCUCAGCCAAACUUCAAUGGUGUUUGAAACCUUCUGAGUAACAAAUCAUCAUAAAUACGAAACAUAAUAUGGAAGAACCACCUUGCUUUUUAAGAUGUUUUUUGUUUUAAGGAUUUCACUGUUCUCUGCUGCCGAGUUGUAUUUAUGACAUAUUUUUAAAAAGCUUUUAUGAGCAGAUUGCCAUUACAACGGAUUCAGCAUAUGCUAAAAUGGGAAAAAAGCAAAAUCCACUUUGAAACCAAGACAAUCUGAAGAACCAGACGUGAGAUGUUUCACCGUGCAGUGUGUCCAGGUGUAGUCGCUGAAGGCUCCACUCAGAUCAUCAUGGGAAAGCGUCAUGAUGGCUACUACAACCUUCAAAGACUAAAGCUGGAGAAGAAAUAAGUUCUGAACACGCAUGUUUACGUUCGUCUCAUUUAAUCAUUCAAUGCCUUCUUGUAGGUAACAUUCUUUAGUACCACAAACACACCGAGAGACACUCCAGCGUCUCUAAAACAGUGCAAAGUUCAAUCAGAAACUCAAAAGCAAUUUCAAACAAAACAAAAAUCAUCCAAGCUACACUUCUAGCUCUCUAGUUUUGGUGAACACAAUUUAAGUUUCCUUUCCUUCACUUUAAAGAAAGAAACUACAGAAAUCGGGAGGCAUCAGUCGUGAUCUCGUGAGCCAGUCGGUGCAGUCGCAGGCACAAUGGAAGGAAGGCCUCUUUAAGCCAGUGGCUCGCUUUUCUCUUUUUUGUAUAAAAGUAGCACUGGGGUGUUGUACUGUGUUAGCCAUUGUGGGAUGUAUUGAGACGUCAAGCAAAAUGACUCCUUUUAUUGGCUAACUAAAAAGAUUCCAAUAUACAAGCGUUCGAGGCAACUCAGCCCGUUCUUCAGGCGAGCUGUGAUCGUGAGAUGUAAUAAAGACGUAAGAUUACAUUCCUGAAGAUGCGGCGGAGUUACCUCGACAGCUUGCAUAUUGUACAAAAGUAUAAGAUCAGAGAUAUAAAGCCUUAAUGAUCACUGUAGUGUCAAAAGUAGCGAUAAUAUAACAGAGCAAACUUUAAAGUAAAGAUUAUCAAGAUUUCAUAACUCUAGCAAGCUAAAAAUUGGCCCUGCCAGUCCUUACAAGUCAAAAUGUGUGAUGAAAGCUUGUAACCCUGCAACUGAGGUGCAAUCUGUCCUAACUGCUACAACAUUUAUUAGUUUAGGGGAUCUGAAACUUCCAUAUUUUGCUAAACAGUAGUGAAUACACAAAAACGUAUUUCAACAAAGUGAAUUUCAAAGAGACGAAACAAACGUUGGGGAAUAUGUCCUACAUGGAGACUGAUGAGGAGGAGCACGGCUGGUCUGACAGAAUUCCUUAUGCAAAGCAGUAAAAUUUCAUAAUUAAAAUUAGUACUGGGGUGUUGUACCGUGUUAGCCAUUAUGAUCGAAGUGAAAAGUCAAGUAAA